UAAUAUGUGGACUGCAGCUGAGCCCCUCAUAUCCCUUCUCUACCCCAAUACUUAUGCAUGCAGGACCAAGCAAGGAGUCAACAGUGUCUGUGCACUCCAGUGGAGCAUGCGGAAUAGCAUCCACUUGACUGGACAGCUUGCUUGUGCUGUACAAGAGACUUGUAAAAGGGAAUGCACCAAGAGAAAACUUGAGUUUCCCAGCAUCAGCCCAUGCCUCGUUGACCUAGAAAGUGAAUACAGAAAAGCACAAUUGUACUUUAGAUAACCAGACAAACAAAAAAUGUCAUGACAGAGAGAUUAUUUAAAAGGCAAUAAUCCAUCUCCGGUCUUAAAGGUCAUUAUCUCUGUAGCAUGAUUUAACGUGUACUGUACUUCCCUGAUGGGUAAAAUAAAGAGAAAGUUAGUUUAUGAUGUUACUGUGUUUAUUUCAUAAACCAAAUGUUUAAGUUAACACAACUUUCUCUUUUUUUAUCUUGGCGGUUUAUUCCACACAGAUUGCCCUGGUACCCAAGUGCUUUUAUCUUUACAUCACCACUGAGAAAUUAAGAAUAUGAUUUACUGUUUUAAUAAUUAUAUUAGCACAUAAAGAAGGAUUUAGUAGUUCACCAGCCACUGAACUAAGUCUUAUGUUAAUUCCAUGAUAAGACCACAGAUUAGGUGAGCUUCAUAUUUUACGUGUUGCUUUAAAUAUGGAAGAAUCUUCCUUCCAUCAGAGGUACCUUUGCUGUCACUCUUUAUGUACCUUUAUUCCUGACUUUGUGUCAAAGACAGACUGUCAUCUCAGUUCAUGUUUGCCAGAUGUAAGAAACUGUAAUGUAAACAAAAUCUAUUGAGAGCUAAAAUAAUUUCCUCCCCAAACUUCACUGCUAGAUGGGAAUGCAUUUUGGGUGAAAUUCACCUCUGUGCAGAGGGACACCAUGAGGCCUCUCUACCCUGUAAGCCCAAUAUGAUUUUGAGAGUGAAAUCCUGACCACAUUGAAGUCAAUGGUAGUUUUGCUAUUGACUUCGUUGGGGCCAGGAUUUCACUCUGAGGGCAUAAAUUAAGGCUUACAUGGUGCAUACCAUAGUCCUUGUGCUGACCCUCUGCAAAGAGGUGAAAUUCACCCUUUGCUUAUGCUCUUCAGGACAUCUUUCAGGAGAGACCUGUGGACACUUGCUCACAUAUUGUCCCUUUUACAGUGUUGUUACUGAACUUGCCAGUUUUUUAAUGUUUUUGAAAUAAAAUAGCAUGAUUCCUAGAAAGCAAGCUCUCCAGAGGCUGAGUCAACAGCUAUGCAUAGCAUGUUUAUAGUUGGCACACAGUAACCACAGCCGGGAUACAAAGGCCUCUGAGAAAGACACUCGGCUAUUAUGCUACCAAAAAAAAUCUGGGAGCUUGAGAGAGAGUCCAAAGGACUGGCAUGAGCCCUCUCCUCAUCCCUGACCGCCAAACUCCAGCCCUAGAAAAAUUGCAUCUCACACAGAACCUGCUUCUGCUCCCAUUGGAAAUCAGUGGGCAUUUUGCCUUUAAUGGGAGCAGGAUUGGCCUAUAAUUCUUUGAUUGAAUGGGUUCGGAUUUGAAUUUAAGUUGAACCCAAAAUUUGUUUUCUAAAAUUUCAGGGCUUAAAGCCUUGUUUACAAGGAUUCAUACAAUAGCCAGGUCUCGAGGAGUCGGCUCCAGUGAUGGUGGAGGUAGUACACAGAGGAUAACAAGUCCAAAUGCACACAGCUGAUAGGCCCAGAGGAAUUUACUUGUUUUUAUUCUGUGUUUUCCUUCAGGAAUUACUUUCUGAAACUUAAGGACAACAAAAGGAUGAUUUUUUUAAAUUUAAGAUGAAAGCUACCAUCUGUGCAUAUUUGGACUCUUUCCUUUAUUGUAAAAGGUAUUUGUAUUUCUGUCAAAAUACCAAAGGUGUUCCUAUUCAUGUUAAUAAGAGAGUUUAAUCCACCGGUUUCCAGCACACAAUCAACUUCAUAUGCAUCUCCUUGCAUGAUACAUGUCUGUACAUGACCCUUCGAAGGGUCAGAAGCCCUUCUCGGUUUUCCUUAACAUUUCAUACCCACAGACCUGAUUCUUUGCUGUCUGGCACCUUGUUAUAUGUUCAUGGCAUACACACAGAGAAGUUAGAUAAAAACAUAAAUACCCUUGCUGCAGGGUAGGAAUGUAACACUUUUAUUUCCUAAAAUUCAGAAUAAUACACAAGAAUCCAAAAAUAGAAAGAAGGUUGUCCCCCAAAACAGAGAGGCACAACUCAGCCCUCUUUACACUGGCUGGCUGCCUGUAAACCAGUUGGUGCUAGGUCCAGAAUAGCAUGCUUCUGUACAGAUCCUGCAAGCAGAACCAGGAAAACCCCUGAGCAUUUCAAGUGAUCGCUUACAGUUUCAAUACACCUUUCAGUACACCACUCUUGUGUAGAACACUACCACUGUUGUGUGAAUGGAGGGAAUGUACCCCCACGUUGUACAGGUGAAAAUGACGAUACAAAAUGCCAAGCAGCCUAGAAACAGGCUGUGAGACUAUAAUUUUAGGGUGUCACUUGUGCAAUUUAUACACUAUUUAUUGGUGGCCUUCCAUAUUUGAAAUGUCAGAGCCCACUGAUUAGUAUAUUCAUUUUACUAGGGGGUUUUCAAUUUUUCUUUUUAAAGUGACAAUUUCAAUGUUUUCUUACCGAACCAGAAUUUUACUGCUCCUACCUUUGCAUCCUUCUUGGAAGAAUAUGUAAAGAAAUGAUAUGCCACCACAAAAUUCCAUUUAAUUACACAUUAGUACAGUAACCAGAGGACAGACAUGCAGUUCUAAUCCAGAAUCAAACCCAAAUCCACUCUACCCCAAAGUUCAGCAGUUGUUUUGGGUUUGAUGUUUCUGUUUCUCUCAUUCUAGAGACAGGUCAGAGCUGUAAAGUUUGGAUCUCGAUCUAAAGAGUCCCAAAUGUUUGGAUGUGCUACAGGCACAUUUCCAUAUAUAGGUCCCUUUUACAAUGUCUAGAAUCGAAGUGUUGGAAGUUUGAAUUAUACAUACAACAUUAAAUCUGACUUUGAAGUGCAUAAUUUUGUGUCCAGCGCUGUUUUAACUCUCCCUUCAGUUCCUCAAGUCUUUAGCCAUGAAACCCACGGACCUGAACCUCACCCACAAAUAGGUCAUCUGAGGUAGAAUUGUACAUGCCCAGAGCACAAUCUGUGCAGAAUACAUUUCUUCAUUGGCAGGUGCUGAAGUUGUGUGUUCUGUGGGUAGCUGCAAUAUGAUUGUCAGGACAGUGAUUCUGUGGUUAGAGUAGAGGCUACUUAUGGUGUUGUUGCCUCAUCCUCCCAGACACCAAGUUCUUCAGCCUACUUUAGAUUAGGAGGAAUUUGGUCCUUGCUCUUAGCUGCUUAGUUUGUGUGUAUUGUUUUAUUUUCCUAAGUGGUUUCAAUAUUAUAAAGAAAAAUUCUCCAUUGAACAGGUCAGGCCCGGUGCUGGGCUGCUUACUCAGACAAAGCUCUCAUUGAUGUCCAUGGGAGAUUUUCUGAGUAAGGAGCUGAAAUGCAGGCUCCAAAAGAAAUGAAUGAAUUGUUGCGUAUGUUACGUUCCAUUUUAAAUGUUGAGGUGUUGAAAUGUUUGAUUUCUGAUCUAUUACAGAAAGCUUUAGGGUUAAUGAUGGAGCCCAAGAAUUGACAAAUCACAUUAAUUUUCUUAUAAUGUACGCUACCCAGUGCUUUCCAGUCGCAGUGAAUGAUAAUUUUCAUAUCACAGUCAACUAUCACAUGUUCAUCUUUUCCCCUCAAAAGCUGCUAAAUACUUCUAAUAAAGCAGAACAUUGGCAGCCAACUGAUUUACGUUUUGGUCAAAAAGCCAAGUUCUGGUGUUGUCCUUUUUAUUAAAUUUAUAAAUUAAUGCCUUCGAAUACCAAACAUUGCUCACAAAUACUGUAUUUCUAUAUCUCUUAGCAGUUAUCUAGCUCAGCCCUCUACCACCCUUCUGCUAGAAAAUUCUCAUGAGGAGGUAAUGGAAGGAGACAAGUUCUGUAUAGCACAGGAGGAAACGGUUGAAGCGGGAUGCAGCAGUACAUCACCAUGGAACAUCUCUGUACAAUGAUAUUAUCAUCUUGCAACAUGGUCAUCGCAUAUUGGAUGAUAGCUCAUUAUUGAAAAAAUGUCUCCCCAUCGGAAACAGUCUAGGGGCUUUCAACUAGGAAUUUUCUGACACCCCCUACUGCAACAAUUGCUAUUUCUGAACUAAUUCUCUGACUCUGGGCCUCUGUAUUUCAAUGAGGACCCAGAUAAAAAUAUUUCUCUUCCCCUGGGGGAGGCAUUACAAGGCACUGUUGAGGCCUUUACGCCUCAUUCCCUGUCUAACUAGAUCUAGAGAAAGGAGAAUAAAUGUCUGUACUUAAGCUUUCUCAUUGUGGGGGAAAUUGUGCCUCAGGAAGACAAACUGAAUCACCAGGCAUGGAGCCUAUAUUCUGAAGUGUAAGACCGUACUCCUAAAUAAAGAGAGAAGAGGAUCCAGAGGCAUUUUCCUUUAAAUAUUACUUUUUAAAAAAACGCAAAAAAUUAGUUACUUUUCUUAAAAUAAAAUACUUUGGUUACGUGCUUUAUUGCGCAUUUAUUCCUGAGUUAUGUACCUAGUGUGAAUGAUGCAUGCCUGUGGCAGUUUGAUUGCAUGUAUUUAGAUACUGUGAUAUAUUGUGGAUGCACUGUGUGUGGCAUGGUAUUCUACUGCAUUAUGAUAGACCUAUCAGUGUAUGAUAGUGUUCUGUACUAGCUGAGCUCAUGAAGCUUCUCAUCUGGCUUAUCUAGCAGAAGCCUGUGUUUCAGUGUUACCUAUUCAUAUGUGUAAAUCUGGAUUGUGACUAAUGUCUGUUUAAAGCACAGGAUCUUUACAGUGUUCCCUGAAGCCUAAGGGAAUUGUAUUGUGGAAUACAUUUCUGUAGCAUUGCCUAAGAAGGGCUUGAUUCUGCAAAGUGCUAAGCAAUCUGUGGAGGGGUCGAGUGCCUUCAGCUCUCUCUGACUUCAGCACGUUGCAGAUUUAAGCCCCAUGGCCCUGAUUCAUCAAGGCUUUCAUGCAUAAUGCUAAGCAUGUGAGUAGUUCCAUGGACUUUCAUGAAUGUGCGUAACUAUGUUGUUAAAUUGUACACUAAAAGAGCUAUUUGUAUAAGUGCCGCCUACCUUUGUCUAGACUAGCAUGAUAACAACUUUUAGCUGACUUUCUCAUUUUUAAAUUGUUUAUUCUUGGUCACUCUAUUCCUUUUUGCAUUUUUCUAUUUCUGCUUAUUAUUGAAUUGUUUGAUCCCUUCCCCAUUGUUGAAUCCUUCCUGAAGGAUGUGAAUUCAUGCAAGUUACAGGGUAACUUCUAAAAAUGUGAGCAUGAAUGGGGUAUAAAUCUUUCAUUAAGAGGGUCCUGAGUCUGCUUUUGUUGAGUGCACUACACUUAGCUGGGGUGUAAAUCAGGUAUAAAAGGCUGUUUGUUCUUUUAUGCAGACAGUGAUAAAUUAUUACUAAAUUCCUUUUGUCUUUUAAAUAUCUACUAAAAUCACAAUCAAUAUAUUUUCCAUACUUAUUAAAAUACCUUUGAGUAUUGCUUAUUAUAAUCUCUUAGAAGCUUGAAACUGAACCGUAUUUCGUAACAUAAUACCUUUUUUCUUUGUGCUCCAUACACGAUAGGCCUCAGUUCAGCACGGUGCUCAGCCAUUCCUAACACUAUGCAAGUCCAUUUGAAUGCAGUCGAGCAACUCAAGACUUAAAGUUAGGCACAUGUUUAAGCACCUUGCUGAAUCUGGACCUAAGGCCACAUUCCUUCAGAAUGAUGCACAGUAACUUCAUGCACUGUGAGUAAUCCCAUUGGCUUCAAAGGGAUUGUCCAGUGCAUAAAGUUAAGCCCUUGCUUACUCCUGCACGCUCGUUAUGGCAGCAUGUAGAGUACAUGCACUUCCCACCUCCCUAGUAUGGGUAUAAAUAGCAGUGUAAGUGGUGAGGCACUGCUUAGAUGAGCAGAGUAAAGAUAUGCCUGAAUCCAUAGGGUAUGUACCCCAUGCAGCUCUCUACGUGCCCAAGCAGUGCCUCCUCCAUCUGCACUGUUAUUUUUAGCAGUGUAAUGUUCCUCUGCUGGAGUCUUUCCCCAUCACAGGGAAAAGCUCCCACAACGGGGAAAGACUCGGGCAGCUCCCUGUGGUGGGGACAGACUCUGGCAGCGGAAAGCUGUCAGAGCCUUUCAUUGCUGCAUGUAGGUAAACACCGCAAUGUGGAUGCAGCCUCUUUUUCACUGCAGUGUGUAGCUACACAUACUCUACACACUGCCACCAUUGGUGGAGUACCCUAAGUCUUUUCAGGAGUGGGGCCUGAUUUGUUUACUGUGUAGUUGUCCAUGAAUGUUUAGAUGCCAGUAUUCAUUAUAUUAGGUUUUUAAAAAAGAAACAGUAUGUUUAUUUGAGGUGAAAUUCACUCUUUUUGAAGAAAACCUUGUAAAAACUGCAUGAACUUUGCAAGUUGCUACAAAAGCAAAGAAAGAUGAGCACCUACCAGCCUUGACAGUGUCUUCUCAAUAUACUGUAGACCAGAUUACUUUUUAUUACAUAUGUAAUACUGAGCACUAGCUGUGAAAGUUCCAUCAAUACUCUUUCCAAGCGUUGGGUUGUUAACUCCUGGACUUUGAGCCAAACUCCAAUUUAGGUGAUUAUAUUCUAAAGUUUUAAAGAAAGUUGUUGUCGUUCCCUUCCUCUCCUAAAGUCUGUUGUGUAGUGUUGCUAGUGCAAAUGGCUACAUGUCAGUGGUGGGGUGAAGUGAUUCCUGUAUAAAUAGGAGCCAGACCCUGCCAUCAAUGGGAGUUCUGCAAUGGGGAAUGAUUGCAGGAUAUAGUUUAGAGUUUGUAAAGUACUGAGGGAUCUUCCAAGAUUAAAGUUGCUAUUUGUGUAUAUCGUAGAGGGAGGAUUUAUUAUUUACAAAAGAUCACAUACAAGAUUUUUUUCUUGCUUACCACUUCUAGCCUGACAACUUCAGCUUAAGCUGUCAAGAAUUUGUAAUUCUUAAGUGAUGUAGCAUAACUAAUAGUAUUACAUAGUCCCGUAUGUACAUAUAUCAACACAAAAUUCUGCGUUGAUUAUUUUAAUUUGGCAGAAAAAUUCAGUAAGAGCUGACCAAAUCUUGCUCACUUUAUUGGUGCAAGUUGUCUCAUGGACUUCAAGAGUUACUUAUGAGUAAAUUGAGCAGGAUUUGACCCAUUAUUUGCAUAUGAGAGUUGAAUUGGACAAAGGCGGAGUUGCUGUAAAUGAGGUCAAAAUACAGAAGAAUUUAAAGUUAUAUGGAUAUUUUUGUUAGGAAAUAUCAGAAGAAAAGGACACUGAAUCUUAGCAAAUAGCAGACAAAACAGUGUAUUAAAAUAAAGAAUUGCAGUAAGAUCACUUACAGUGGUACUUGCACAGUGUUAUUUAUUCUAUCAACAAUUGUCCCACUACAGUGACAAGGGAGUUUUGUGGGUGUAAUCAAAGCAGAAUUUGGCCCUAGAUUUUCAAAGUGGUUUUCCUUUAGAACAGUUAUGUUGAACAUCAACAGCUGGCAUUUCAAUCAAUGAAGUUGUCUUAUCCAAUUAUAUAAGCUUAGCAGGCUCGGUCCAUGCCUAGAUGGGAGACCAUCCCAUACCAUUCCCCAAAAAAACCAGAUGCCUCUUCCCCAUCCCACCCAAAAAACCCCACUCCCACCAGAAUACAGAUGCUACAGGAAAAUGUGUGGGAUCAAGUAUAUAUAGAAGUAGCAUUUUUCCAUUUGUGCCAGCUCUGAAUUAGUGCCCUAUCAAUGGUGAUAGGUAGGUGCUGUCUUUUGGAUGAGACUUACUAUCAAAGUUCUGACCACCCUCAGUCAUUAAAGAUCCCAUGACACUUUUUGCCAGUGUAGCAGUGUGUUGGCUCUGGUGUCCUGACCACAUUUUAGUUGGUUCAGCAUCUUUCUUUGCUGUCUUUCCUAAACAGUUGUAUAGUAUUGUUGUAUGUAGUUAAGCAGCCACUGUGUUUUAUCCCAGAGGAGCUGCAUUUCAGUGGUGGUAGAAGUGACUACCUGAAAAGCAGUGGGGUAGUGGUAAAAAAAAGAAUUGAAUAAACUAACUUAAACUAAACUCUGUAUUCACCAAAUGAGAAGUGAGUAAACUAUUUACCUGUGUUUAUACUUGACUAUACUACUGGUGAAACAGGAAUUUUUUUUAAGUGGUUUGGCAACUUUCACGAUGAAAGUUGAUCUAUAAAUGUAAGAAGAUUACUGUUAUUACAAAGUUAAAACCCAGUGACCUAGGUUUGUAUGUAUCUGACACCAAUGUUGGAGCUGGGAUUUUAACCCUCUUGCUGUUCUUUUUUUGUAGGCUAAUACUUUUUACCUACCCAGAAAGCACUUUAAAAGAGAAAAUGUAAAAAUAUCUGAGCCUGGGCAGUUACAGCAGGUACACAAAGCAGCCUAUUCCCUCUCCCUUGUGCAAGCCUAGUCCUCGUGUCUGAAAUGGUAGCCAGAUCCGUGUAAGAACUGACUGGGCUUGACUCGAACCAUCCUCCUCAUAUCAUAUUGUGAUCUAGACACACGUUACCAUUGGCUUUGUAAUUAUUGAGGUUAUUAUAGGGUCCUGUUUAUCUGUUAUCUCUGAUUUACACCUGUUUCAGUGAGAGAACAAUCAGGCCCAUAGGAUACAUAUCGUAUCAUGGUGUGAUUACAUAUGUCUAUUUAGGGUAAACAUAGUCGAUCAAUACUAAUUUAAUCUAAGUCGGUAUAGUAUGUUGAGCCGAUUCACUCCUAAAGUAACUUCAUUGAAAUCAGUGGCAUUAUACUGGGGGUGAGUUUGGCUCAUAUGUUUUAGAAAAAAAUUUGCAGGAACUUCUCAUUCAGUAGAUUGUAUACAUAGGUUAUUUCUUGCUAAAAAUGUACCCAGAGAGGAUGAAAUGCUGCUCUACUGCAGUCAAUGGCAAAAUUCCCACUGACUUCAGUGGAGCCUGGAUUUCACCCUGAGUGUGUGUUGUGCCUCAUUAUUUAAACACUGCAUCACUAUUCAUAGCAAGCCUGUCAAAGUAAUAAAUAUGUAAAACAAUACAUUAGCCUAAAUAAAUAACAUCAAUAAACAAAACACCAAUUAAAAAUAGUACAGUGUGCUCAAUAACUGUAAUGAACUACAAAACUCCCACUUCACACCAUACAGUGAGAGCAGCUGAAAAACAGAUAUUUAACAGUGGAAGAGCUAGCGAACUUCUACAGGGAGACUUUCUUUUCUCGACAGGAGAAACUCUUAUUUGAAGUCAUCUCUAAUAAAUGAGACUCUGUGGUUCAAACAUCAUAGUGCAACUCGUCAGAUUUUUAAUCUCUGACAAUUGUGAAUGAAAUGGUUGCAGAGUAAGAACUCCUAUACAUGAUCUAUAGAAAUUUGCUCCUGUAGAGUACUUUAUGCCUGAUCCAAUGCCCACUGAAGUCAAUGGAAAGACUCCAGAGAGCCCAAUUAGAUGUUGAUCUGUCAUGACUCUUGAAAUACAUAGAAAUGUCAUUAUGGUCAGUCCCCCUCUCUUUUUCUCCACAUUCUCCCCUAUGUGCUAUACAUAGUUGUACAGUUUGUAUAUUUAAACGAUUAUACCAGAGUAUACCACUCCUUGUGCCAAGUUUUAGAUAUGUGCCCAAUCGAUGGUGCAUGCACAUAAAUAAUGCUGAGUAUAUGACCUUUAAUUGAGAUUGUUUUUAUUGAAUUGCAGUUCUGUGUUGAAAUAUUGUAAUAGUUAUCUUAAUUGUGGGCCUCAGUGAAAAAACAAAAACAAAAAAACAGUGUUCCUGAUUUAUUUCGUAACACCAGCUGGUGCAUGGAUCCGGAAUAAAUGCAAUUGGUUUGUGUGAGCAGUUAUAUACAGUCUUGACGGCAAGUUUCUGGUACAGUACGUACUGUGACCUAUGAGAAAUAGUCACAUACUUUGCCACAGGAUAAAUUGUUUUUCUCUGAAACUUAACUUGGAGCUGACAGGAGUGGCUUAGCGCGUGGAAGAUCUUUUAAUAUAUUUCUGGAUAUAAGAAACUGCAUUCAGUGUCUGUGUCUGUCACUGAAACUUUUCUUCCGUAGGAACCUACUGGAUCUCUAGGGAAACCUUAAUAGUAAGGUAGUAACAGUAACCAACCCCUUGAUGGCAGGAUUUGGAAUUUCUCGGCACGUAUCUCCCGUGAUUGGUAAUGGGAUGUGAUGUGAUUGCUGAAAACCAGGGAGCCAAUGAGCAUUUUCCUAGUAGAAAUAGGUGGUAGACAUUACAGCUGGUAUUUUGUUCUAAUUGCUGGAAUUUAGAGAUCAUGCAACCAGAAAAGAUACUUGAGUAAAGAGACUCUGGAAAUACACUUAAAAAUGAGUCUAAAUGAGAAGUUGAGUAACAUUAACAUACUCUUCUUAAACUGCCCUCUCUGAAAGAUUGGAACUGAAUCAUUUUGAGGUAUUGUCUGUCUUUCUGUUGUAAAGGUACUUAAUUAUCACUAAUUAGGUUUAUCAAAUUAAUUGACUUUGUAUUGUUUAGUAGCAUUUAUUGUAACUAUUCCACCCAGAUUAGUUGUACUUUAGAAACUAAUCUUUAUUGCAGUGCAUUGCUUCAAAAAAAAAAACCCACAACACCCCCACCCCACACACAAAACACCUAAAAGCUAAUCCUGAUACUGGGUCUUCAUGUAACCAAAUCAGUGUAUGUGCAUGUGCCUUUUGGUCCUUCCACAACACGAGAACUGUUCGAUUUCCCUUGCAAGGCUCAGUAAAUUUGGCAGGUGGGAGGGUCUUUUAUUUUUUUUUUUUUUUUUUUUGCUUUCUGCUGCAGCAAAGAUUAGAGCUUCUUUGCGCAUGUGAUUUAUGGGGAAGGGUUUAAACACCGUAGAUGGAAUCGUUAGUCAUUGCUACCAAAUGAAACAACUCUCAAGGAGUGUUACAAUUUUUAAAGUCCCAGCAGCCUUAACUGACCCUUAAAAACCCUUUAAUCUUGUUGCUCCCAGAUUAAGUCCAGGUUGUGUGUUCAUAAUGGAAACAAACUUGGUGUUCUUGGCGCAUUCUGUCUUCAAGAAGAAAAAUAUUUACUUAACGUGGGUCUCAUUUGGCAACUGCUUCUUGUAAUGCCUGUCAAACACUAUAAAAAUUUACUCCAUAUCCCAUACUCUCUAGAGACAUAUCAUUGAGCUAACAUGGAUAUAAUACAUACUUUCUUCCCCAAGAGCUUGUCUAGGUUAAGGUCAUUAUUGUGUCACUGUGAGUAACUAACAGUAUUCCAACUUUCACUAGACUUUAUAGAAUAUUUUAUUGCUACUCUUGCAAAAUCUUUAAUAGUAAAUAUCUGAAGAUAAAACUAAAUAUUUACAGUGCUAAAUACACUGUUAACUGGACAGAUUCUCUACUGGCGUAUCUCCAUUGAAAUCAAAGAAGAUACACUUGAGAUUAAGUUGACCCAGUAUUUAGAUGAUAUUAAGUUUAAAUUUUCUCUGGCAUGUUCACUACAGUAGUCCUUGUUACUGUGAGUUUGCACAGGAUUAGAUUCAUUGACUUCAACUACAACUAAUUUGGCUUUAUUAAUGAAAAAAUAUUUCACUAAGAUGAGUCAUAUAUUAUGCCUAUUUCUAUAAGGAAGCCAUGUCAUUUUGAUAUAACAGUCUCAGCUACUGUACAAUGGUUAAGGAUAUCCCAUUCAUUAGCUGUCCAGAGUUCACUGUGGAGUUCUACAUUGGAAGGGGUAGCCAACGCAAUUUAUAAAAAAAAAUUUUAACAGUUCUAGUUCAGGUUUAUUAAAGCUCUUCAAGCAGAUAGUUUUGCCUGGGAUGUAUGUAGUAUGGGUCGUAACCAUCUAAUAUUAAACCUCUGUGGUCUUGAUGGUCAUGUAAAGAAACAGUAAAAGAAAAUUGAUAUCAUUUGAAAUAUUUAUUUUACAGAGCUCCUUUUGUAGGUUAAAUGCACAGCAGUGACUUUUCUCUCUGUUAUACAGAGGAGCCAAUAUACUGUUACACACCCCACAACUUCACCCGUGACCAAGCCUUGUAUGCCAGAGGAUAUUGUUGGACAGAACUAAAAGAUGCCUUGCCAGGAGUUGAUGCCAACCAUUGGCCCUCCUUGUUUGAGCAUAAGUUCCUUCCUUAUGCACUGCUGGCUUUUGCUGGCAUAAUGUACAUUCCAGCUCUUGGCUGGGAGUUUCUGGCCUCCACCAGACUGACUUCUGAGCUUAAUUUUUUGCUUCAGGAGAUCGAUAACUGCUACCACCGUGCAGCAGAAGGGCGUGCACCGAAAAUAGAGAAACAAAUACAAUCCAAAGGCCCUGGGAUCACAGAAAGGGAGAAAAGAGAAAUCAUUGAGAAUGCAGAAAAGGAAAAAAGCCCUGAGCAGAAUUUGUUUGAAAAAUACCUGGAAAGAAGAGGGCGAAGUAACUUUUUGGCUAAACUUUAUCUCGCAAGACAUUUAUUUAUCAUAUUUUUAAGCAUUAUACCAGUUACCUACUUAUCCACCUACUAUGCUACGCAGAAGCAAAAUGAGUUUACAUGUGCACUAGGAGAGCCUCCUGACAAAACGAGCAGCUCCAAAUUGCACAUCAGGGUGAACUGCAAGCUGCCAGCUGUCCAGCUGCAACGGAUAAUUGCUGGAGUAGACAUUGUCCUCCUCUGCUUUAUGAACUUGAUCAUUCUCAUCAACUUAGUUCACCUGUUCAUAUUCCGCAAGUCCAACUUCAUAUUUGAUAAACUGAACAAGGUUGGAAUAAAGACCAAGAAACAGUGGCAAAAGUCUCAGUUUUGUGACAUCAAUAUUCUAGCUAUGUUUUGCAAUGAAAAUCGGGACCAUAUAAAAUCCCUGAACCGCUUGGAUUUUAUAACAAAUGAAAGCGAUCUGAUGUAUGAUAAUGUGGUGCGCCAGUUGCUUGCAGCACUGGCCCAGUCUAAUCAUGACGUCACACCCACCAUGCGCGAUUCAGGGAUUCAGACUAUAGACCCCAGUGUCGAUCCAGCAGACAUCGAUGCCAAUGAACAGCUCAUCAUUAAGAGACCUAGGAAGAAGAUGAAAUGGAUCCCAAGUAGCAAUCCACUUCCUCAGCCAUUCAAAGAGCAGUUAGCUAUUAUGAAGGUUGAAAACCACAAACCUGAAAAGCCGAAGCCAGUGCGCAGGAAAACAGCAACCGAUAGCCUCGUUGCUCCUCUGCUAGAGUCCACUUCAAAAACCUCACAGCAAUCAUCAUCUCAUAAAACUGAGUCAAACGCCAUCUCCAGCACAGGCAAUGAGAAAAAACAUACACGGCACUUUUCCCUGGAUGUUCAACCAUAUAUACUUAGCAGUAAAAAACCCAAGCCAGAGAUUCAAGCCAUUGCCUCAAUGCCUACAUCCAAAAGCCAAGAGGGUGGAUUUUUAAACCAAGAGGAGAAUGUCGUAGUUCAUGUCACCUCUUCUCUCAAAGUCAUCCCAAAUCAUGAGAAAGAGAUUCUGUACUCAUCUGAGACAUGCAGAACUGUCCCUGCUGCUGGGGCUUACCUCUCAUGUAAUCACAAUCAUAUAGCAACAACUGCUGCUGCAACAAAUAUAACCCUGAGCCACAUCAAACCAGAGCCAACAGCUGCGCUGAAUCGUAUUCCUACUCACCCUCUGCUGAACGUCAAUACACUGUAUGAAGAUCACGAGGAAGAGGUUUCCAACCUUAUAGACAACAGUAUUCAUUCACCAACUGAUGCAGGGGAAAUACUCUCCAUACCUACCCCAAAGCAUAUAAUGAUGGCAACAUUUGAAGAACCAAGGGCAAUAGUGAGUUCUGUGGAGUACUAAAGAUAUAGUGCUACAUGCAUAUAACCUGGUGGUCAGGUCCAGUACCAGUGUAAUGGAACCCUCAACAAUGCAAUUCAUUCCGUGAGCAUGGAGAGUUUUAAUACAGACCAUAGGCUUUGGUAAUACUACAAAUUGAUUUUUCAGGAUAGCAUCAUCACCACUGUUGCUAGUUUGCAAAAUAGAAUAAUGAAAAAAAAUCGGAUGAAAGUAUGCCUUUAACUCCAAGAGUAUCCAAGCACAAAAAGUUAGCUGUAGCUUCAUCAAUUAAAUAUGGAUCAAUACAACUUUUGAAACGCUAAAAGAGUUUGAUGGCAUGUCACAGUGAUUUUUACAGCGCACUUAUAUCCUUUGUAUUUACAAUGGCUAAUUAAAGUUAAAUAGAUAUUGGUGAGGUGUAUCUUCUAUUUUAAUGGCAGGAGUUAAAUAAGAGUUUAAUAAUAAGGAAAAUAUAUUUUUUUCUCCAUGGACUUUAUGAAAAAGACAUAUGCAAGAAACAUUUUUUUUUGUUUUUGUUUCUUUGGCUCACUAGUGUUGGACUUGAUGGAGAUUUAGGAUAAAGGCUUACUAACACCAGCAUGUAGUGUAAAAAGGAUUGAAAUGCUUCAGUCUGUUGAAUUUGUGAGUGAGAGGUAUGCCUUGCCCUUCAACGAGCUUAUAUGUCAAUGGAAGAUGAUGAAAUGAAGAGUUUAUUUUCUUAAAUAUAUUUUACCAUUGAAAAAUUACUUUAAUAGCUUUUCAAAUCAGGUUUUGCUUUUAUCAAAAUGGAGAGAAGAGGAUCAUUCUAGCAGCUUAUUUUUGCAUAGUCUAUUUAUGAACCAAGUUAGAAACUUUCACAGGUGCUUCACUAACAUGAAAAAAUCCUACAAUGGUGAUGCAGUGUAAAACCAGCAAUGUUUUCAAACAAUGCAGAGUUAAAGAGGAUCAUCUUCUAGACUCUGACCCAGCAAAGCACUUAAGCAUAUGCUUAACUAAGCAAGUGAGUAGUCCCACUGAAGUCACUUUGGAAUACGCACAUGCUUAAGUGGCUUUUCUGGAUCUGGGCCAUAAUGUAUACGGACAAUAAUCCUGCAGCAUGUACUGUCAUUCUGAUUCAAAGUCUGUCUUCCUUAGCCCAAAGUACAUCCUCAUGCCCAUUCAUCCUAUAACUUGGACAUGUGUGAUUUUAUGAGAAAAUUCUAAUAUAAGUAAAAAAUGUACUAAAAAUGUAUCAUGCAAUAAUCAUUCUCCUCGAAAGUGUAGUCAGACAAGAAGAGACUAUAUUAAAAUGAUAUUCACAGCUGCAUUCAAAAUUAUGAACUACUGUGUUUGCUUCAAAAUUCUGUAUGAUGGUAGAAAAAAUAGAGAGCACAAGUAUGGGACUGAAAUCUUGAAUAUAUUUUUAAUUUAUAUUACCUCAGACAUGGAUAUAUGAUACCAGUAUUUAAUGAACUAUAGCACUGAAUAUAAAUAAACAUUAUUCUGAA